CCGCCAGGGACAUCACGAAUGGGCCAUCGAUUUCGCGGAACUGUUCGCAAGGACGGCGCAGACAUCUGUGGCAUUUCUUGCGUUCUACGACGACGUACAGUUUGCGGUCAGAAAAAUCACGUCAGGGCAUUGUGUGAUAAUUACAUAUCGCCUACACUUUCCAACCGAUAAUGACAUUCCGCUCGCCACCCUUGAGAGAAAGGGUGUUCACGACGUGAACUCACUGACAACAGGUAUCACCGAAUUGCUUUUGGAUCCAGAUAUUUUGCCUGAAGGCGGAUACCUGGCAUUUGGCCUUCAUGAUCAGUACAUGUCUACGUCUGGGUCUGUGGUCGAUGUCGGCAACCACCUGAAGGGCAGAGAUGCAAUGAUCGCAUGCGUUUUAAGCUCCCUUUCCAUCCCGUGGUCAAUCCGCAUCCUGUAUCGAAAUAUUGGAUGGACGGAAUUCAGUUUCUUGGCGGAUCAUAUAGUCGAUCUUUCCAGCCACGACGAGGUCCACUACUUGAUGGAAACACUGGGGAGUCCUGAAAUUGUUUGUUUCGUAGGGGCUCGUGGUGAGCCGGAUAGAAAAAGGGCCAGGUUAGACGAAAAUGCGACGGAAGGCAAAGACGCAACAGAUAUCAUGUUAGUUAGCACAAGGCCUUCUGCAUGGAGUUUCCACUCGCAUUAUGUUGCAGGCGGCCGAGAGGUGAUGAUGGGAAACCUCUACGGAGACGUAUGCAUCAUAGCGGAAAGACCAUCAUUAGCCAUGAUACGAGGAGGAAGGGACCAAAGAAUGGAGGGCUAGAUAAUUCAUAAGUAAACGUAACUUUCGGAGCGUAACCUGGAAUGGCAUGAAUGUGUGCCAUGAUAUGCCUUGAACGACAGUUAUGUAGAAUAGCUGAUCAACGUACCCGCCAGUUUCUACACUAAAU